AUGGCCCAGAACAAGUUCAAUAUCUCUGUUUUUCUUUUCCUUGCUUUGUUUUUGUUCCAAGAAAGUCACCUUAUCCAGGGAAGGCGAUUGCUUGUGUCGAAGAAUAAUGACUCCCAACCGAAAAAUAAAAUCCAUGAAAAGGAAACUACUAUCAAGGAUGGUACUGGUAAGUUGCAUGGUGACGAAACAACGUCUAACGAAGCAAUUAUUGCUAAAGUGUCUCCUCCUCCACCACCACCGGCCGAAGGUGUAUUGUCGUCUCGGCCGCCUCCUCCAGGUCAUGGAAUCGUUGACUUCAGGCCCACAGCUCCAGGCCACAGCCCUGGUGUCGGACAUUCAAUUCAAAACUAG